AUGGUAUAGUGAGAAAGGCUGAAAGGAAUUGAAAUGAUAAAUACAAAUGGGAGAGCACUUUUCUGCUGUACAUCACCUUACAUUGACAACUCCAUAACAUGUUAUCUACUAUUGUGGACAUUUAUUUUAAUAUUUGUUAUUCCCUGAUUUACAAGAUGAGAGGUCAUUGUCAAAUAAUGUAUUUACUCAUUUUGGUCAAAACAGCUUCUACAACAAAAUGAAAUGCACACGAACCACAGGAGUAUUCUGAAUCUCAACUCCCUUUUGCAAGCCUUUCCCUGUUACUUAAAUAAAUAAACCCAAUAAUAGCUAAUCAUCCAAUGGUGUGGCUCGUUAGUGGACAAGAGCGACACCACUUUCAUGUAUGUUCGCUCAGCCUCAUGGCUCGCCAGAAUCUGUCCAAGGCAGCUCCAUGAGGUCAUUGUGCCGAGUCAAGGAAUAGUCCACCACUUAAUCCCCCGUCAAACUUCACACGGCUCUCCCCCUACAGCACCAACCCUGAUCCCUACAUUGUCCCUAAGCGACCCACCCUAUCCUAACUACCGAAGGGGGCGCUAUCACUUUGCAGGAGGGAAAACAGACUUCGACAGAACACCGGAAAUAGGUACUUCUUGAUACCAACGAAGAAGAAAAAGUAAACUGCAACAUGGCGACUCCCAUGCACAGGAUAAUAGCCAGGAGGCAAGCGGAGGCAAACAAACAAAAUGUGCGUUGCCAGAAGUGUUUGGAGAUUGGACACUGGACCUACGAAUGCACGGGGAAGCGGAAAUAUGUGCACAGACCGUCAAGAACAGUUGAGAUGAAAAAGAAACUCAAGGAGAAUGAAAACAAACCCCUCAGCAUUACCGGACCAGGAAGUGAAGGCCCCAAUGAGAAGAAAAUGAAAAAGAAGGCUAAAGACGGUAGCGACAGCAGCAGUGAUUCAGACAGUGAUUCAAGUGACUCAUCGUCAGACAGCAGCGACUCCUCUAGCUCCUCUUCAGACGACAGUGACGGCAGCAGUGACAGCGACGAUGACAGCUCUUCCUCAUCCUCCUCCUCGUCCUCCUCUUCGUCCUCGGAUAGCUCGGACUCAGGAAGCAACAGCGCUUCAGACCAAGGACCUCCAAAGAAGAAGAAAAAGAAGAAAUGAAUAAAUAUUUUGCAUUAAGUGGGUGUUCUUGUUUGUUAGUAGAUUUUAGCUGUCCACUUUUUUUUCUCUCCCUGUAAUUCAUUGUUGGAUCUGAUUGGACAGGACACCUUUUAGGGCUGUAACACUGCUCUGAAAGUUUGAGCAAAAAUGGAAAUUAGAGAGAAGAGAUUAUUUUGGGUUGAUCAAUGUGUCAAGUUCUGUUUUCAAAAACACAUUUUCCCCUGUUACUUUUAUUAAUGUGAUAUUUUCUCAAGUUCGUAGGUCUACUGAAGAUAUGCAUUUUAAUUAUCUGAAGAAACUAAUGUGCUUAUUCAUGUUGAAUUUGUGAUUUUUGUAUUAAAGUAUAUUUUUAGUCAGACUUAAAGUGUGCUGCUCACAACCUAAGUAAUACAACGCUGUAACUGCUACUCAAAAGACCUGUGAGACCUAUUAAAGGAUACAGAAUACAAGUUUGUUACAUUUUACAUUAGUUUGAAAUUGCAGAUGCUUGUUUCAAUGAAAAAUAAACUUGGCUUUUGUUUUUA